AUGGAUUUAGAGUUUCGAUAUCAAGAAGAGUUCUGGAGAAACACAAGAGGGGUGCAACUAUUCACUUGCAAAUGGUUGCCAUUGUCUUCUCCAAAAGCUCUGGUUUUUCUUUGUCAUGGUUAUGGUAUGGAAUGCAGUCGUUUCAUGAGAGAAUGUGGAGUGAGGCUAGCUUGUGCUAGAUAUGCUGUGUAUGGUGUUGAUUAUGAAGGACAUGGACGUUCUGAAGGUGUUCGUUGUUACAUUAAGAACUUCAAUAACCUUGUUAAUGACUGCUAUGAUUUUUUCAAGUCGGUUUCUGUGCUCCAAGAGUAUAAGGGAAAGGCUAGGUUCUUGUAUGGAGAGUCCAUGGGUGGAGCAGUUAGUCUUCUUUUGCAUCAGAAGGACCCUUCUUUCUGGGACGGCGCAGUUCUUGUCGCGCCCAUGUGUAAGAUAUCAGAGAAGGUGAAGCCACACCAAGUGGUGAUUAACAUAUUGACUAAAGUAGAAGAUAUCAUACCAAAGUGGAAGAUUGUUCCAACAAAAGAUGUCAUCAAUUUAGCCUUCAAAGAUCCAGCUAAACGCGAAAGGAUAAGGAAAAACAAGUUGUAUACCCAGGACAAACCCAGGUUAAAAACAGCAUUAGAAAUGUUAAGAACCAGCAUGAGUCUUGAAGACACCUUAUACAAGGUGACACUGCCGUUUUUCGUAAUGCAUGGAGAAACAGAUACAGUGACAGAUCAGAAUAACAGUGUUGCUUUUGAGGCUUCAAAUUCAACAACUGAGACUUAUAACUAUGACAUUGAGAAAUUGACACCAGUUGUAUCAGCAGCAAACACUAGUAUGAAGCAAACUUAUAGGCGAAAAAGCUAUCUCUGUGGAUUUAAAGGAAGUAGUUGGUUACAAUCACUCGGGCGAAUUAGACUAAUAAUCAACACACUCUGGUUGGAACUGUGA